GACUUCACCUGUAAAAACGAAACCAAAAACUCACCCGUGUCUGUUUCUACCCCGGACAUUAUCAAGAGACUUAAAGAUAUUUUACAUCUCAUGGUCUGAAGAUUAUUAUGAGAUAUUUUGGAGAGAGCUGCUUCUAAAAUGAGUCUCUAUGAGGAGAGAGAGGAUGGAGCUGUUCACCAUCAGAGAGCAGCAUCUCCAGAAUCCAGCUGUGUGUUUAUGAAGAGUAACAACUCCAUGAUUAAACCCCCUGAUCUCAGUGAUGGAGCAGUGACCUCUGACCCUGUACAGAGAAACACAUUUGUACCUCCAGAAUCCAGCUGUGUGUCUAUGAAGAGUAACAACUCCAUUCAUGAACCCCCUAAUCUCAGUGAUGGAGUGAUCAGUGUGGAGAGAGCUGAUCUGAUCAGAUCUGGGACGUCCGAUCGGACAGAUGCAGUGGAUGAUGUCCUACAGAGACUCAAAGACACUCACAAAACCAUCAUGAAGAACAAGUAUGAGAGUUUAUUUGAGGGAAUCAAACUACAAGAGAAUCAAACCCUCCUGAACAGGAUUUACACACAGCUCUACAUCAUCGAGGGAGAGAGUGAAGGAGUGAAUGAAGAACAUGAGGUUUUACAGAUGGAGAAAAGUUACAGGACACUCCAAGACACUCCAAUCAACUGCAAUGACAUCUUUAAACCUUUAACUGAACCAGGAUGUGAGGAGAAGAGAAGAGAAAACAUCAAGACUGUUCUCACUAAAGGCAUCGCUGGAAUUGGAAAAACAGUCUCUGUGCAGAAGUUCAUUGUGGACUGGGCCGAGGGAAAAGCCAAUCAAGAUGUAGAUUUCAUGUUUGUGCUUCCAUUUCGAGAGCUGAACUUGAUUAAAGAUCACCAGUACAGUCUUCACAAACUUCUGCUGGACUUUCAUCCUGACCUUCAUGAUCUGGACUCAAAGAUUUAUGAUGAGUGUAAAGUUGUGUUCAUCUUUGACGGUCUGGAUGAAAGCAGAAUUCCUCUGAAGUUUUCAGACAGUGAGAAAGUUUCUGAUGUGACUGAGACUUCAUCAGUGGGUGUGUUGAUGUCAAACCUCAUCAAAGGAGAUCUGCUUCCCGCUCUCAUCUGGAUCACCUCCAGACCAGCAGCAGCCAAUCAGAUCCCCUCAGAAUACAUCAACCGUGUGACCGAAAUCCAGGGAUUCAAUGACCCUCAGAAGGAGGAAUAUUUCAGGAAGAGAAUCAGUGAUGAGCAUCAAGCCAGCAGAAUCAUCUCACACAUUAGAAGAGCAAGAAGCCUCCACAUCAUGUGCCACAUACCAGUCUUCUGUUGGAUCUCAUCCACUGUGCUUCAAAACAUCCUGAAACAAGAUGACAGUGCAGAAAUCCCUCAAACUCUGACUGAAAUGUACAUCCACUUCCUGCUCAUUCAGAUCAAAAUGAGGAAUGAGAAGUAUGAAGAGAGAGAUCCAGAGAAAGUGAUUGUGAAACUUGCUGAACUGGCUUUCAAACAGCUGAUGAAGGGCAAUGUCAUGUUCUAUGAGGAGGACCUGAUUGAGAGCGGCAUAGACGUCACUGACGCCUCAGUGUAUUCUGGGAUCUGCACUGAAAUCUUUAAGGAGGAAUCUGUGAUUCAUCAGAGGAAAGUCUACAGCUUCAUUCAUCUGAGCUUUCAGGAGUUUUUUGCAGCACUUUAUGUGUUUUUCUGUUAUUUACACAAGAACUGUGAGGUUCUGAAAAUGUUUCUAAGAGGAAUGUCCACAGCUUGGUGUGAGAAGGUUCCUCUGGAUGUGUUUAUGAUGGAAGUUGUGAAUGAAGCCCUGAAGAGUAAAACUGGACAUCUGGAUCUUUUCCUUCGAUUCCUUCAUGGCAUCUCACUGGAGUCCAAUCAGAGACUCUUACAGGAUCUACUGAAACACACAGAGAACAAGCCAGAGAUCAUGAAGAAAAUAAUCCAAAACCUCAAACAAAAUCAAAAACAAAACGUCAGUCCUGAAAGAUGGAUGAAUCUCUCACACUGCUUGAUUGAAAUGAAAGAUAAUUCUGUUGUUGAAGAAAUGCAGGUCUUUUUAAAAUCUGAAUCAAAGAAAAGUCUUUCUCUUGCACAAUGUUCAACUUUGGCCAACAUGAUCCUGAUGUCAGAGGAGGUGCUGGAUGAGUUAGACCUCAACAAAUACGAAAUAAAAACAAGAGCUUGUCAACAGAGACUCGUACCAGCUGUGAGGAACUGCAGAAAAGCUCUUAUGUCCGGCUGUAAUCUGACGGUUCAGCACUGUGAAAUUGUGUCAUCAGCUCUACAAUCAUCAAACUCUCCUCUGAGAGAGCUGGAUCUGAGUAACAAUGACCUGCAGGAUUCAGGAGUGAAGCUGAUCUCUGAUGCACUGAAGAGUACAAACUGUAAACUAGAGAUAUUGAGAUUGUGCGGCUGUAAUCUCACUGAUCAAUGUUGUGAAAGUCUGGCGUCAGCUCUACAAUCAUCAAACUCUCCUCUGAGAGAGCUGGACCUGAGUAACAAUGACCUGCAGGAUUCAGGAGUGAAGCUGAUCUCUGAUGCACUGAAGAGUACAAACUGUCAUCUGGAUAUACUGAGAUUAUCUGGCUGUAUGGUGACAGAGGUCGGCUGUUGUUAUGUUGCUUCAGCUCUGAUUUCAAACCCUUCACACCUGAAAGAACUGGAUCUGAGCUACAAUCACCCAGGAGAAUCAGGCUUCAAACUGCUAACUGAGAGACUCAAUAAUCCACACUGCACACUGGACAAACUCAAUGUGAAUCACGGAGCAGAGAUCAGAAUUACACCUGGACUACAAAAAUAUUUCUGUGAUCUCACACUGGAUCCAAAUACAGCACACACUAAACUCUAUCUGUCUGAGGAGAACAGGAAGGUGACACAUGUGAAAGAGAGUCAGUCAUAUCCGGAUCAUCCAGAGAGAUUUGAUCAUCAUCAGGUUCUGUGUAGAGAGAGUCUGACUGGACGCUGUUACUGGGAGACUGAAUGGAGCGGUGACAGUGCUGAGAUAUCAGUGACAUAUAAAGGAAUCAAGAGGAAAGGAAAGAGUGAUGACAGUCAGUUUGGACGUAAUAAAAUCUCCUGGAGUCUGUUCUACUCUAAUUACAGAUUCACUGUAAUACACAAUAAAAACAAUAUCAUCAGAACUGACAUACGAGUCCCUUCAGUCGGCUCUAAGAGAGUAGGAGUGUAUCUGGACUGGACGUCCGGCACUGUGUCCUUCUACAGCGUCUCUGACACACACACACUCACACCCUUACACACAUUACACACCACAUUCACUGAACCGCUCUAUGCUGGAUUUAGAGUUUGGUAUGAUUCCCCAGUGUCUCUGUGUCACAAUAAACAACCGUCUGUGUGAGAAACAACAGAGAAGUCGCGCACACACACAUAAACGCACACACACGCACUCUCUCUCACACACACACCCACAGUAACUCACACACACACACACACAUUCACACAUAAACACACACACACAUCUGACUUAUAGAAAUAUGAUGACGUUAACUCACUGUGAGAAAUAUAAAUUGUACAUGCUGUCUUUAGUUUGACAUCUAACUCUGAAUGUAUGUGUGCGAAUCACAGUAUCACACCACACGCACGAAGAGUCCAUGACCUUCAUAGAUGUUGUUAGUUUCUCUUGUCUUAUCCUCUUUCAGAAUGUUUUGCGCUCCAACCAGCACAUACAUACUCUUUUCCUUGAGCUAAAUAUCUCAGUCGGACAUAACAAAUAUCUAGGACUGCUUGACCUCAUAUAUUUACCAUUCCCGUGCUAUUCCGGUCAACAUUUACAACAUUUAAGUCUUGCUAUCACUAUUCUAUUGGCUGUUGGUUGUUCUUUGUAAUAUGAAAGGUAUAAAUAUUAUGCUUGCUGUAAUAAA